GAGUACAUCCUUCAGAAAUGGACAAGAUUUUUUCAGAGCCAAAUGAGGAAAAUGAUUGUACAGAACAUGUCAGAAAGAAAAGGCUUUCCUCGAUUUUAAAGGUUCCACGCAGUCCCCUUCAGGACCUUGGAAGUGGAAAUGAAUUCACUCAGGAUUACCAUGCUGAGAAACGUCGGAAGAGCUCUCGCCGUGUCAGCUUUGCAGACACCAUUAAUUUCAGGGUCUUCAAGACAGAUGUGAAGGUUAACAUGGCAGAUCCUGGAAAUGCAGAAACAGCAACAGAUGUAAGGAAUCAAGUCCUGCUUAACCAAAAUGAAGGCUCUGAAACUGCUCAGUGUGAGAUAACCGGGAUGGACACUUUGCUUCAUGCCCCAAUUCAGACUUCUGUGCAACAGACAGAGCAGUGUAAUGCAGACCAUACCAGUGAAGAAAUGAAUAGGCAUGACAGAACACUUAUCUUUUCAGAUGAAAAUGAAAUGGAUAUGACAGCCAGUUGUACUGCAGUAAUCAUGCGCAGUAACCUCAAAAGGAAUCAAGAAACUGACCAACCCAGAAAAAUAGAUUUCACAUCGUUUAUGGCUGAGUUAGCAUCUAGAAGUGAAGAAAUGGCCAAAGAAUUUCGUUUUUUCUCUGAUCCUACAAAUGAUGCAUGUUCAUCUCUUCAACAGAAGCCAGAUGAUACCACAGUGAAGAAAAUAAAUUUCAGUGAAUUUUUGAUGAGCGUGAAGUCAAGUGAAGAAGUUGCCAAUACCACUUUUGCAAUGCCUGACAAAAAGAACCUGUUUUUUGUCUCUCCACAAGUUUUGGAAGGCAAUGUAUUUUCUCCCAUGGAGGAUGCAUAUAACCAUGCACAAGAGAAAACCUGUAAUGUGACUAAAAUUUUCAGAGGACAAGAUGAUGGAAUGGAUGUUACAAAGUGUCAUUCAUCUGACAUGAAGACUUUCUUCCCUGCAACUUGCGAAGCCUCAUCAAAGCAAUUGAGGCAUGAGGAUAUUACUGUGGCUUUUAGAAAUGAUGGUAUGGACAUGACUGCUAGUCACACUGUAAAAUUGUCCUUCGCCAGAAAUGAUCCGUCCAACACUGAAAAUCAAAAUCAGAACAUCAGCAUGGACUUCUCAUCUAAUUUUGUAUCUGGCAGUUCCAGAUUAGAGGGACCACCUAAUUAUCAAUUUGGUGUUCAAAAGGGCCCCCAAACAUGUGUUGGGACGAAAACUGUAAAUGCUAAAGAUGAGGCAGAUUUUACCAGAAGGCAUACUAUUUGCAGAGAUGAGCAUGAAGUAGUGCAGAUCUCUAAACAAGGUGCCAGAGCAAUGGUUAUGAUGCCUGGAUCUGUUUCUUCUGGGGCUGUCUUCCUUGAUAAUAAAACUGUCUUUUCCACCUGCAGUGAUAUGGACGUUACUGGGAAAUGCAUAGACGUAAUCUGUAAGGAAACCUGCAGGGAAACCUGUGGUUGUUAUGCAGCCUCUCAAAAACCAGAAAAUGCCACCCCUUUGCUAAUGGAAAAUACCAUUUCAGGACAUAAUGAUGACAUGAACAUUACAAAAAGGCACAUAACUUCAGAUAAUCAAGUUUUGGGGCAGUGUAAAAUCAGAGAACCUGUAGUAUCUUCUGUCCUAGAGAACAGAAGUAAAAUGGUGAUUCAGAAUCACAGGACUGUGGCUUUGAAUGUUGGGGUAAAUUCACAUGCAAAUUCUAGCUUUUGGCCUUCUAAGUGUGGAUUUCAAGAUAACCUGGCAAAUUCUCAUAUUGUUUCAGGAGAAGAGAUGGACCUGACUAAAAGUUACGUUGCCAAUGGUAUUGAAAAGACCAUUGAAAAUGAAUUUCCUUCUGAUAUAUCUACUUCUAUAACAAACAAACCUCAAAGUUUUGGUAACAUACCAACUGCUUGCAAUUUAAAUGAGCAGGAGGAAAUGGAAAUAACAAAAAGACAUGCUGUAGUCACUGGCAAUCAAACUACUAGAAUAACUGCAGGACUAGAACAAAUGCAACCUAAAAUUACAUGUGAAAGCUGGAAAAAAAACAUAAGUGAAGCUGUAAGUCCUCUUGAUUCUAAUAAGGAAAAUUUACUUUUGGUAAGGGGUAAUAAUACAAAUGUUGAAAUAAUCCAUACCCUAGGCACGAAUGUUAGAGAUCUCAAGGGACAAGUGGACUUUGAGAAAGCUGGAGAAAAAAAUGCUUAUGUGGGGGGUCUGCAUUCCAUUACAAAAAACAUUAUUUCACUCCAAGAACCAGAUAAAGAAGUCCCCCAAAGACAAACCACUGCCACCAACAGACAUGCACAAACAAAUUUCCAAAAGCAAGCCUCUGAAAUAUCUCAGCCAUUAAACGAAAGUAUUUUUGACCGUUCACUUGCCUUUCCUAAUGAUGAAAGAGGUAUUUUUUCAGAUGAUCAGGAUAUGGAUAUAACUAGAAAUCAUACUGUUGCUCUUGCUUUUGCUUCUACUUCUGGGCGACAAAAAUGUGAAACUACACAUUCCCAAAAUAAUGUAGUAUCUAAAACACAGCAACUGCAAAAUAAUACCCUCCUGUUUUCUGGUGAUUUCAGUACAGAUAUUACAAGAAGUCAAACUGCAGCAGUAGACUGUGGGAAUUUCAAAAUGAGCUCAAAACAGGAGCAUCCAAUGGCUGGCAGUGAUCAGACUCCAGACCCUGUUGCUCCAAGUGUUUCUUUCAUUUCCAGUAAUGAGACUGUUCCCUGUGGAAUUAAAGGAUAUAUGCAGUGUGGGAAAACAGCAGGAAUAUACCUCAGCGACAAAGAAUCUGAAUUGCAAGGUCAAAGCCAUACCAUGGAGCCAUUAAGUGAGGGAAUGCCAGACAUUGCAAAUUCUGAGAAUGUUUUGUCAACUAGUAAAGGGGUUUCUUCAGAAGAGGAUGUCAGUAAAAGUCAUAUUGCUGCAAAUAAUGACAUGUAUUUGAGGUGUGCAGAAGAGUCAUUGUUAACUAGAACAUCUAGGCCAUAUUCAAAAAAUCCACAGUUGUCUCCUUGUCCAGAAAAGUCAGUUGUGUUGUCCUCUAAAGAAAAUAUGGCUCUAACUGGAAGUUAUUCAUUAAAUGUUCAGGCUAAAAGCCCAGACAAAGUUUUAAAAGAAGAAAAGGUAGUGGCUAAAUAUGUGAAUCGAGUUGAAGAUAACAUUUUAUUUCCUAAAGAAAAGGACGUUAUUACUACAAAUCGCCUGAGGCAACAAGGACACACCUCAUGUCCCAUGAUAUCUGACAAGAACACGCUAAAUUUAACUGACUUAAAGCCCGUGUCUCUCUUGAAUGAGAAGACUGUCCUAUUUUCAGAAGAUAACGAUAUGGAAAUCACCAGAAAUCACACAGUAGCAGCAGACAAUAAAAUGUAUGCACAAAAGAAAAGUUCAAGCAGGGCACUACUGUGUUUUCCUGCAGACAAAACUUGUGUAUUUACAUGCAGUGAUGACAUGGAGAUCACUACACUCAAUACUGUGGUAACUGACAAACCUGUAGAAAUGGCUGCAUCUCAAGUUGUGCCAAAACCAGAUAAAGGAGCUGGAAAAAAAAGCCAGAUUGGGUCAACUGGAGAAAAGACUACUUGCUUUUCAUAUGGUGUUGAGAAUGACAUGGAGAUCACGGAGAGCUGUACAGCAGCAAUAGACCGUCAGAUAAGCUCAAAAAGUCAGAGGGCGCCUUGUGAGCCAACUUUAAAUUAUGUGGACAAAACUCAUGUUUCUACGUACAAUGAUGACAUGGAGAUCACUGCACUUAACACUGUGAUAAUUGACAAACCUGUAGAAAAGGCUGCAUCUCAAGUUAUGCCAAAAGUAGGUAAAGGAGCUGGAAGGAAAAGCCAGAUGGGGUUAACUGGAGAAAAGACUAGGUUGUUUUCAUUUGGCGUUGAGAAUGACAUGGAGAUCACGGAGAGCUGUACAGCGGCAAUAGACCGUCAGAUAAGCUCAAAAGGUCAGAAGAUGCCUUGUGAACCAACUUUAAAUUAUGUGGACAAAACUCAUGUUUCUACGUGCAAUGAUGACAUGGAGAUCACUGCACUUAACACUGUGAUAAUUGACAAACCUAUAGAAAAGGCUGCAUCUCAAGUUAUGCCAAAAGUAGGUAAAGGAGCUGGAAGGAAAAGCCAGAUGGGGUUAACUGGAGAAAAGACUAGGUUGUUUUCAUUUAGCGUUGAGAAUGACAUGGAGAUCACAGAGAGCUGUACAGCAGCAAUAGACCGUCAGAUAAGCUCAAAAGAUCAGGAGCCACCUUUACUUUACCUGGACAAGAAUAUUGAAUUUGCAUUUAAUCAGGAUGAUAUGCAAAUAACUGAAUCUUGUGCUGUUCCUAGAAUUGUGCAAAGAGUAAUGUCUAAGGACCAGCUAAAAUUGGAUGCACAGGUUGGACAGGAAGCCCUUUCAAAUAACAAAACAGUAAUUUUUCCUAUGGGUGAGAAUGUGGAGAUCAUUAAAAUCCCUAAAGUAGCGGUGGAUUAUAAUGAAAUUGCCCUGCGGGGUGGACAAUCCAACCAAACUGUUCCUAUAGCUCCGGUUGAUAAAACUAUUGUGUUUACAGGUAAUCAGGAUACUAUGGAGAUUUCUGCAUCUCACACUACUGCUGUUAAUAAUACCCUUAAAGGAUAUGAGAAUCAAGAAGUAUCAGAUGAGGGCGGCCAGCAGCAGAGUUUACAUAGAAAACCUUCCUCCACUUGUAGAGAGAAAAUAUAUUCCAAGCACACAGGAGACUUCAGAAGUGAUUGCCAGUUAGAAUUGAAGGACAAAUAUGGAACAAAUUUUCCUUUUUCAUCAGAAACCAAUACUAUCAAAAUCCACAAUGGUGCAACAGAAGAGUUCAUUCAUCCUGAAGAUGCAUUAGAUAUCAUUCAGAAGCCACAAAACUUUACUGACUUUCCCAAAGCUAAUUCUACUUCUGUUAACAGUGAGGAUCUAGGUAAAUUAGUAAGACCCAAAGACACAAAGAGGGUGUCUUUCAAGCUUCUAGAAAAUCAAUUGGAAACUUCUGAGGUAAAAAGUGAAAAUGAAGUCACAAAGAACAGUCCUGUGGUGUGCAGUGAAGAAAAUGGAGAUGCUGUAUUGCAUGUUCAAAGUCCUAUCCAACAACCUCACUUACAUAAGGACACUUCUGAGUGUUUGAGGAAGAAUGCACAUAGUGUGCCAAAUAUAGAAAAUUUAGACUUGAAAAAUGAUUCUGGGAAGCUUACUUCAUCCAGGCAAGAAUGUAGACUCACAGAUUUAGUUACUGAUGGAGCAGACGCUGUUACAAUUUCUUACAAAGAGAUGGAGGAAAAUGAAAAAAUGCCUUUUGAAAAGAAAACACUUCCAAAAGAUUUUCAAACAACUUCAGAACAGACUGAACAACUUUCCUUGGUCACUGUUGUUCCUACAGAUCAGAUAGAUCCCAACUGUGUACCUGCAUUAUCUGGUAUUGUAAAUGUUUGUUCCAGAUUAAAACAUAUUAGAAGAAAGUCUGAGUUUGCUACCAUUUCUGAAAUUGAUCCUGUCUCUAACUUUGCUGAACAGUUGCCUAAAUUGGCAACACAGCCAGGAGAUUCUUUCAGAGUAGGAAAAGAUACUGAAAACAAGUCCAAUAAUGCAGUCAGAAUUCAGGAGCCAGCAAACGUGUAUUUUGAAAGUGGAGGUGCUUCUGUGGAUACUCUUUUAGACACAGUACAUAAGGGUGCUUGUCAAGGGAGGAAGAUACGUCUUGGUAUCUUCCUACCUAAAUUGCCCAACAACAGAAAUUGCAACACUUCUAAUGCAGAGGACCUAAACAAAGCAGAAGAAAAAGAAAAAACUGCAGUUCCAGAAGUAAAUUUGGUCACUAGAGAAACCCCAGAAAAUACAUGUCUUAAGCAUAACUUGAGCCCUUCUCAGUUUAUAGCUGAGGAAUUGCUUCCUGUGUUUCCAGAAGAAAUGGACUCAAAUGAUUCUUUAAGUUGUGACCCCCCAGAUGGGGCUCUUAGUGUAAUGGAUAAAAAAGAGAUCUUUCCUAAUAAAAGGAAUUCACAUGAAGAACAAGAAAUUUGCAGCAACCAGAAAAGAGCUAUAGAGCAAGAGGAAAAAGAACUCCAGAAUGGGAAGAAGCUCAAGAGGGAUGAUGGAUGGGAUGACAGUGCUCCAAACCAACAACAGCCUACCUGUAACACAUCUCAUACUCAAGCAGAAACUCCUGAAUGCGAAGAGCCUCCAAAUCUGUCAACUAAAAGCCCAGACAGGACCCACUCCAGCAGCAGCAGUUCUUUGGAUUCCAUUAAGGCUGAUGCAGACUUUAGUAGUAUGCAGCCAAACAGUCAGAUGGAGUCUCAGCUUCUCACGGAUAGUAUUUGUGAACAGAAUUUAUUGGAGAAAUUUCAGGAUGGGGUUAUCACAGUAGGGGAGUUCUUUACUCUUCUUCAGGUCCAUAUUGUGAUUCAGAAGCCCCGGCAGAGCCAUCUUCCAGCAAAUUAUGCCAUGAACCCAACUUCUACUCCAGAGGACCAAUUUUUCAGCCAGUACAUUUAUCGUCCCAAGCUAAAGAUUUAUGAAGAAGAUUGCCAGCUUCUUUCUCAAAUGAUCAAUGAGCUGAAAUUACGUGCAUCUGACCAAGAUAAACUUCUGGUGGAUGUGAAUAGGAGCCUUUGGGAAGUUAUGAGGACCUGCUCUGAUGAAGAGCUAAAAAACUUUGGAGCAGAGUUGAACAAAAUGAAAUCCUAUUUUACCAAGAAGAGCAAAGUUUUGGCGCACAAUGGGAAAGUGCAAUUGUAUGGCAAACUGUUGCAGGAUAUACAGGUCCAAUGGGAAAAUCUGCAUUCAAGAAUGGCAAAAGUAGAUGAAUUUCUUAAGGAGGUGGAUAACUGUCAUCUUGCUCUGGAAACAAGUACUAACUUGGAAGAUUAUGGCACAGAGAAUGAUGAUCAAUUGUCAGAGUGGAAAUCCAGAAUCAGAAAUUCUGAGAAUGAGCUGGUAGAUCUCAAAGCCCAAGAAGAGGUGCUUCAAAGGGAUCUGUCAAACCUGGAGGCUGAGAAGCAGCAGGUGCUUGCUGAGAUAAAACACCUAAAAAAGAAAACAAAUGACUGUCAGGAACUCUUGGAAAGAUACAACUUCACUGAGUGGGAGAUCAGUGAAUGGAGUGACCACCAGGCAGUUUUCACCUUCCUUUAUGAUUCUAUAGAACUCACUCUCAGGUUUGGACCACCAAUAGAUGGUGUUCUUUUCAAUGACAAGCCCUGCAAAAAGAUUGUUGAUGUGAGCUUUGAAUCUUUGUUGGAUGAAGAGAGAGCUCCACUUUCAUCACGUCUAGUCAAAAGGCUGAUCUUCCAGUUUAUUGAAAGCCAGAAAUCCUGGCAGGAAAAAUGCCCAACAUUAAACCAUGUGCCCCAGAUGCUGCGUGAGGUCUCUCUGGUGGUGUGUCGCUGUCGACUCUUAGGAGAAGAGAUUGAGUUUCUGAUGAAAUGGGGAGGAAAAUUUAAUCUUUUGAAGACAGAAGUGGAUGAUACAAAAGUGAAGCUUUUGUUCUCCACUUCUACAGCUUUUGCAAAGUUUGAGGUGAUGCUUUCUUUGUCUGCCACUUACCCAUCAGCUCCUCUGCCCUUCACUGUCCAAACACUCAUUGGGAACCUUAGCCAAGAUGAAAUUUCUGCUGUUGUAUCUAGUGUGCCACUGGGCACCAACUACCUUCGGAGAAUGGUCAAGCUGAUUCACCAUAAACUGUUCCCGUAACCGGGGCUUCUGAUGAUUUACUGUCUUCACACUCACAACUCUAGUCAAACUGGAUGUCCUUGCUCUCAGCCUUACAGGAAUUUCCAGCUGAUUAAUUUCAAUAUUGUUAACUGUGAAACAGAAUUUCGGUGUUUUAUAGCUUCCUUUAGUGCUUUGAGAAUCCAAUUUAGCAAUUGAUUUUGAUGUUGUCCAAUAUUUCAAACACUGGAAUAAGACUCCAGUUGAGAUGCCAAACUCCUCUUGUAUGUCAAAGCAUCCUGACGAAAUGGAGAAGGCUCUGGAGAGCCAGGGAGGAAGGAUUUCACAUGGCUUUCAUAAAUCUGUCCUGCUUUUCUCCUUUUUUUCCCCUGGUUCUUCCAGUCACUGCUAACUGUGGUUCCUUUCAUUACAUUCUGUCACAGGCAAGCUCAUGUAACCCCUUUAAUUUUGCUUUGGCUCUUGUAAGGGCUUAUGUACUGCAGCUAUCUGCAUCUUCCAAGGUUUACAAGACAGGAAGUUACUGCCACUAAUGUUAGCUUUGUUAACCCCAAGAUAAUACAGCUAGUUUAAUCACAUUAACUGACUAGACUGCCUCCCAAGUCACAGAAACGAAACGUUCCACUGAUUCACGAAAUUAUAACAUAUAAAAUUAAACAACAUGCACACAGCUAGGAAUUACCUUUAGAAGCUCCCUGUCUCUAACCAUCCAUUUCUGUAAUGUAGCACAAUCCAAGGCCACCAGGUUCAAACUGGGAACUUGCCCUUGUGGAUCUCAGUAUUCUAAUUAUUCUGUAUAUAAACCCUUGUAAAAUGCAAUGUUGUGAGGCACUUACUAAGGCUAAGUUUGGUAUACCACAAAGGGACAGGAGGACUAUAGAUGUAAAUAAUAUGUUUUUGUUUUGUAUGUUCAGCAGGUUACCUGAUAUAAGGAGAUGUUGAAAAAUGUUAGAUCUAUCAGGCAGGCUUCUACUAUUGGUCAUUCUGUUGCUUCUUGCUUGAAAAACACCUUUCCCUUGGAGAAAAACUCCAUGUCGCCUUUCAUUAAAUAGAUAAAUCUUCUUCUGCUUAAACAGAAUCCCAAACUGAGUUUGUUCUUUUUAGCUGCAAUAUUGGUAGAAAUGGCUAUAGUAGAUCCAGCAAAUCCAAUUAAAUGUACUCCAUCCCACUUAAAGUACUGUGAUAUGCACUGAUGUCUCUAAACCAAGCAGCUCCUUUAAAUAUAUUUCAGUCAAAUUUAAUCAUGUGUUCUUAAUUCUUUCAUUAACUUCCUAAUAAUCCUUUUAGUAAUUGUAAUGAAAUUCCUACCCAUAGCCUUCUUCCCUUUAAGGCUACUUUAUAGCAAUUACUGUUUUAAAAAAAACAUCAUCCAUUUAGAUUUCUUCCAGGUACAGUAUUGUUUACCUCCUCUUCUUUUUUUUCCAAACCUUUAGCAGAAUAAAGAAAUAUAGCCUUUGCUUAGCAAAACAUGGUUGCUUCUUUUAGCUCUAAUUUAUCUGUUGAAUGCUGUGUAGAAGUUGAUACAUAAAUUUCCAGAAAUUGCUGUCUGAAAUCUUUUCUGCCUCCAAUGUUCUUGUAAAUGGACUAGAGCACAGAAUGAGUAUUGUAGCAAACUUGUACAUGGAGACUAAAUUCUCCAGUGUCAAGUUAGCAAAUUUCUGGAAUACUUUCUGUAUACCCUAGAAUGUUUCAAUGUAAUCUAACUUUGCAAUGUAGCAGCCUUCAAGUUGUUGGGAGCUGUUGUGGUUGUGGCCUGUUUGUAUGGUGUUGAAGGAUCUAGCAUUUCUCAACUCUCCACUCUAGGUGCCUGACAGUUUCUAUAUGUUUGUAAAAUAUAAGAAUUUUAAGAAGUGCUUUCAGAAGUUUAAACAUUGAAGUUUUUUAUAAAGUUAUUUGGGUUUUUCAAUUUUCCUUCUAUAAGGUAAAAAUUAAUUAAAAGUUUAAUAAUUGA